AUGUACACUGAUCAUAUGAGGGCACUGAUGAUCAGUGUGCCCUGAUGAUCAGUAUAGCCCCAGCAGUGCCACCUGUCAGUGUCCGCCAGUGCACAUCAAUGCCACAUAUCAGUGCCCAUUUGAGCUGCCUUUCAGUGUCACCCAUCAGUGCCAGUCAGUGCCACCUAUCAGUGCCAGUCAGUGCCACCUAUCAGUGCCAGUCAGUGCUGCCUAUCAGUGUGCAUCAGUGCCGCCGCCUAUCAGUGCCUGUGAGUGCCGCCUAACAGCGCCACGCCCAUCAGUGAUGCCUGUCAAUGCCCAUCAUGCCACCUAUCAGUGUCCAUCAGUGCAGCCUCAUUAGUGCACAUCAGUGAAGGAGAAAAAUCACUUAUUUACAAAAUAUUAUAA